CGCAGCUCAAGAUGGAGCCGGCCAGGCCGCGCGGGUCCGCCCGCUACAGCUGAGCCGCUGGACGCGCCCCCCAGGACCGAGGCCACCACCACUCUGCAGCACUUCCCACCCGCACUCCAGUGUCCGCACGGACCGCGUCAGACAAGGGAGGUGAGAGGGUUUUCAGGGGACGGGCAUCUCCAUCCCUUGCUCUGCAGGACGUAGUUCUUUCUGUGGAUCCCACCGCCGGCUCAAGGACAGUGGGUCUACAGGAGGGACCUGUCGUGAGUGCCCACGAGCCUCAGACACGGACUUCUUGGGCGGUCUGGUCUGGGUGUGGUGUGCCCUGGGACACAUGUCUGAGGCAGGGGCAGGAGAGCCCCUGGAAGCCCAGCAAGGGACAGAGGUCGACGCUCUGCCUGCGGACACCGCGUCUCUCAGCGACUCAGACUCUGAUGUCAGCCUGCCUGGCGGUGCUGAGAUGGAAGCUCUGUGUCCGGGGGUGCUACCUGGCGAGGCCCAGGGGGACUCAGACCCCGAUGAGUCCUCUUUGUCUGCGAGGGGCCUCCGCGCGGCCGCGGUGCAGCCGUUCCAGCUGAGGGGCACGAGCUCUACCUUCUCCUGGCGCAGCCGCAACAUCUUCGACUGCCUGGAGGGCACAGGCGGGCGGGUGCUGCCCUCUGUGGCGCAGACUGGCCCGGGUGACGAGGGGGGCUUCCCACAGCCACCGGCACCCGCAAGCCGGCCUCCAGGAGAGGACCCGGGCAGGGCCAGUCAGAGCCCUGCCCCUCCGAGGUUGCCCCCAGUCCCUGACUAUGUGGCCCACCCUGAGCGCUGGACCAAGUACAGCCUGGAAAACGUGGCCGAGGUCAGCGAGCAGAGCAACCAGGCUGCUGCUCUGGCCUUCCUGGGCUCCCCGAGCCUGGCUGCCCCCAGCGACCGUGUGUCCUCUUUCAACCAGGAUGCCUCUAGCUGCGGGGAGGGAAGAGUCGUCUUCACCAAACCUGCCCGAGCUGGCGAGGCCAGGCCUGAGAGGAAGAGGGCCCUGAAGAAGGCAGGAGGGCCUGGGAACCCGGGCGCCCCGGGGGGCGAGGGCCCCGUGGAGCUGGCCCACCUGGCCGGGCCUGGGAGCCCGGAGGCUGAGGACUGGAGCAGCCCCCAGGGGGGCCUUCAGGAAGUCGGCGUGCCACAGGGGGCCGCCCACCCCAGCUCAGCGGCCCGGUCCCCCGUGGCGGAGACCGUUGGCUUCCAUGGCAGCAGGAAGCGGAACAGAGACCACUUUCGGAACAAGCACAGCAGCCCCGAGGCCGCAGGCACCGAGAUCUGAGAGAAGAAACCGGACAGGCUGGCGGAGGGAGGCAGCUAGGGCCACUGGCCGCCUCGGGUGGAGUGGGGCCUGGGGCUCCUGCCCCUUGGGAAGGGAGCCAGCGGGCUGCCAGGAGGAGGCGCCGGCAUCCUGGGCUGGAGCUCUGGGUAGUGGUGUCUGAAGCGGUGCUUGCCGGUGGACGGCAGAAACCCUGGCCCGCUGAGUCCCCCUGGGGCACGAGUAAAGGCUUCGGACAUUC